GCAGGCUUGCCAAUUUCCCUUUUUCUCUCAGCAUGGAAUCGCUGACUUGCUUCCUGAAUGAGGCCCUCACCAUAGCAUUUGUGAUCUUCUUUUGCCUCUACUUCUUUUUGUAUAAACUGAAGUCCAAAGGCAUCAAAUUGAAAUCGCCCCCCGGCCCACGUCCAUGGCCACUCUUAGGAAAUCUCCAUCUCCUGGGAAACCAUCCUCAUCAGUCUCUCUCGGCGCUGGCAAAGAUUUACGGGUCUAUUAUGUUUCUCCGCUUGGGCUCCGUCCCCACUGUCGUGGUGUCUUCCCCUGCCAUGGCCAAAGAGUUCCUCAAAGCCCACGAUUUGGUCUUUGCAUCCAGACCAAACUGUGCAGUGGGGAAGUAUAUAUGCUAUAAUCAUAGGGACGUGGCGUUUGUCCCCUAUGGAGCGUACUGGAGGCAGAUGAGAAAGCUGUGCACAGUUGAGCUGCUCACAGUAAAGAGAAUCGAGUCUUUCAGAUUUGUGAGAGAGGAAGAAGUGUCUGCCAUGAUCCGCUGCAUCUGGCAGGAAAGCGGGCACGGAGCGCAGUGUGUGGAUGUGAGGAAGAGACUCUCCUCCCUCACACAAAAUAUUACCUGCAGAAUGUUUGCCAGCAGAACGUACUCCGACAACGAAUUGAGUGGAGGCCAUGGCUUCAAAGAAAUGGCUGAGGAGAUGACAACUGUGUCCGGUGCAUUUUUCAUUGGCGAUUUCAUUCCUUCUCUCGACUGGCUCGACUUGCAAGGAUUCCGUCGUCGCAUGCUGGCCGUUCACAAAAUAUUUGACCGAUUUGCUGAGAAAGUAAUCGAUGAGCACGUCCAUCGUAGAUUGGAAAAAGGAGAACACAACGAAGAAGAUCGCGUUAAAGAUAUCGUAGACGUGAUGCUCGACAUGGCGGAGACGGAGGGCCAGACAAUCUCACGUGUUGACAUCAAAGCCAUGAUCUUGGAUAUGUUAAUCGCGGGAAUGGAAACAUCGGUGACAUUGGUAGAGUGGGCGGUGAGUGAGCUGCUGAGGAAUCCUGCAACGUUGGCACGAGUGCAGCAAGAGAUGGAAUGCGCAGUGGGCAGAAAUCGCAGAAUAGAGGAGAGUGACGUUAAGAAGCUCGAUUACUUGCGAUGCGUGGUGAAAGAAACUUUUCGACUUCACCCGCCACUUCCUCUGCUCAUUCCGCAUGAGUCGAUGGAAGGCUGCAGCAUUGAAGGAUAUUUCAUUCCGCCAAAGACACGGGUGUAUGUGAAUGUGUGGGCGAUUGGAAGGGAUGAAAACGUUUGGAAAGAUGCUCAUCAGUUUAAGCCCGAGCGAUUCAUAGGCAGCAAUAAGGAUGUGAGAGGUCAGGACUUCGAUUUGCUGCCCUUCGGAGGGGGAAGAAGAGGGUGCCCUGGGAUUACAAUGGGUCUUUCUGUUAGUGAGUUGGCACUCGCUCAGCUGCUUCAUUGCUUUGACUGGACUGUGGAGGGCGAGGUAGAUAUGACAGAAGGGUUUGGAAUAACUGUUCCCAUAAAAAAUUCGCUGUUUGCCUGCCCUAAAUGGAGGCUCGCUACAGAAUAUCCUGUUUGAAGCAAAUAUUUUCUGAUGUGUUUCUUUGUUAGGCUUAUAAGUUAAGAGCGUGGUUUAGUUAAUAAUAGUGUGUGUCUAAUAAUUUACUGAGUGUGUUGGAUAAAUAAUAGUGGGUUUUUUA